ACAGCCUACAAAUCUGACUCAGUUACACCAAUUCUGUCAGGAGGAAUGGGCCAAAAUUCCUGCAAACUAUUGUAGUUUGUGAGAAGCUUGUGGAAGGAUACCCAAAACACUUGACCAAAGUUAUCCAGUUUAAAAGCAAAGCUAAAAGUAUAACAAGGAAAUGCAUGUGAACUUAUGACUUUCAAGAAAAUAAUAAAUUCUCUAAAAAAAAAAAUUCUCGUUAUGUUGCCAUUUAGCAAAUGUAAAUUAUUUAGGUAAUCCUAACGGACUUAAAAUAGUAAAAGUUUAGUAUGAUUUACCCUCAGACUUUUUUGAAUGGUUAUGUUCGUUUUGUUUAGUGUAUGUAAAAUCCUGGUUUCAACUGUACAUCUCUUACAGUUAAAAGAUGAUUUAUUAUGGCAUCACCCUGACUAAUGUUAAAUGCUUAAAACAUUAAAACAAGCUUCUUUGAAAUGUGUAUAGUGGACAGUGCUCAUCUGUAAAAUUCAUAUUUAUGCGGUCUCAAUCGUACAAUCAAGUUAUAAACACCUUUUUCACAUUAGUUUUCCUGCCAUGUUUAAGUAGCAUGUGCUUGGAUGUUAAUCUAGUUAUCAAUAAUCAAGAAUUUUGCUCAUUUCAACAAUCUUAAAGGGAUAAUUCACCCAAAAAUGCAAUUUGUCAUCAUUUACUCGCCCUUUACUUGUUUCAAACCAUUGAGUUUUUUCUGAUAUUUUGAAGAAUGCUGGUAAACUGCAUUAACUUCCAUAGUAUUUGUUUUUUUUUCUAUGGAAGUUAGUGGUUUUAGGUUUUCAGCUUUCCUCAAAAUAUCUGUUUUUGUCCUCAUCAGAAGAAACUCGAAGUCUGGAUUAAACUGAGGAAGAGUAAAUGCAGAGGAAACCUUCAUUUUUUGGAGAGAACUAGCCCUUUAAGUCAAAUAGCAUAACCAUAACCUGUAUAUAAACGAUUACUACUCGCUCUGUACUGUAGCUCCAGUGUUCUUCAGUCCCACCAGUGCACUGCGCUGUGACAGCAGCUUCCCAUUCUCUAUUCCCUAUUCUGAGUUCUAGCCCAGUGGAAAGUAAGCAUCAACGUCCAUGUCUAAGUUAUGAACUACUUCAGAUUUGAUUUUCACAAUAACAAAGUCCUUGAUUGUUUCAAUUUGAAAGAGUCCAGUGGGGGCUGAGGCUGAGUCCAAGUGUCGUUGUGGCUAAGAUGACUACCUGACCGGUUUGGCCUUGGCCUCUUCACCUUACAAUGUGUGUGUGACCUUUGCCCCUUGAUGCUUUGGCUGACCUAACCGGAAGCCAAGAUGACCACAGCCUUUUGCCAAUAGACCAGGGGUGAUGGUGGUUACAGCAGCAGGAGUCGCACCGGUAGGGACAAGUACGGUCCUCCUGUUCGCACUGAGUAUCGGCUCAUUGUGGAGAAUCUGUCUAGUCGCUGCAGCUGGCAAGACCUAAAGGAUUUUAUGCGACAGGCAGGUGAGGUGACCUAUGCGGAUGCCCAUAAGGAGCGUGCAAAUGAGGGCGUCAUUGAGUUUCGCUCUUACUCUGAUAUGCGGAGAGCUCUGGAGAAACUGGAUGGCACUGACAUUAAUGGCAGGAAGAUUCGUCUGGUUGAAGAUAAGCCACGAAGACGACGCUCCUACUCUGGCAGUCGCUCCCGGUCUCGUAGCCGUCGUCGUUCACGCAGCAGGAGUCGCCGUAGCAGCCGUUCCCGUAGCAAUUCAAGAUCUCGCUCAAGGUCCCGCUCUCGCCGUCACCGUUCCCGCUCCAGGUCAGGCCGCAGGUCUCGUUCCAAGUCAGGACACAAGUCUCGCUCCAAAUCUCCAUCCAGCAAGUCUCGCUCUCGCAACCGCAAAUCUCAUUCCCGCUCUCGCUCCCGCACGCACAAAUCACGCAGUCGGUCAACUAGUCGCAAGUCUCGCUCCCGCUCCGAUGAUCGCAAGUCCCGCUCCAAGAGCACUUCUAAGGUGAAGUCAGACCGCGGCCGCUCCAAGGAAAAGUCAGUCAGCAAGAAAUCCAGGAGCAGGUCUGCUUCGCCUAUGGAGAAUGGAGAUGGGGAGCGUCCCAAAUCUGCUUCCCGCUCUCCAUCACCUCAGGCUGAACAGAGCAAGUACAAGUCUCCAGACAGGCACUCACGCUCCCGCUCGAAGUCUGCCUCGCGCUCUAAAUCCCGCUCCCGUUCCAGAUCUGCGUCCCAAGACUAGUGUAGAGAAGUUACUUUUUUUUCCCCCCAUUAUUUUAUCCUCCCCACCACCUAAUUAGAUGUACAUUUGUCCAGGAUAGUUUUCUAAUGGCUAUGGUGUCCAGAUCCAGGCAUUUCGUUUUUGCUUUUUAAUUCCGUGUCUUCUAUAGAGAGAAUCAUAGCUUCGAUAUUUUAUACACACACACACACAGACACACACACAGACACCAAUGGCAUGGAAAGAUCAUCUGAUUAAAUGUAGUGCGCUGCAUGUCAAUCUUUUUUAAACUGUGAUCCUCUGUGCUGUGUGGGCUGGAUUAAAGGCCUCUUGGUAUUGAAACGACUGACCACUGCGUCUUGUGGCUUCUACAGUGCUGUCUGUCAUCUAAAGAAACAAGGCUUCCUUUUCUUCAUGUAAUUAGCCAAUUGAAAACUCUGUUUUUGUUUUAUUAAAUUUCACAACCUA